GACAAACGAAGACAGCGUCGCAAAAUCCGAUUUCACAGGUGGUUCACCGAUCUCUAGCGUAUGUCGCCCAUGGAGAAAAAUACUGAGCCUUCCGGAUCGGUGGUCGAGACGUUCAAGGCCUAUUUCAGCGGCCAUUGUCUGAGGGGAACGGAUGCAUUUGGUGUAUGCAUAUAUUCCGACCAGUCCCCACUUGGCUGGCGUCUGGGCCUCAAAUGCCGUGCAGGGAAAGGUAUCACUGGAAAGCCCAAGAUGAACUUCCUCUUCGACCCAAAAUCUGUGAAUCCUAGGUUGGGUCGGUUGUACAUCUCUAUAGACGUCAGGGAGGAGCAUGCGCUUCAAUAUCGCGAACUCGUGGAGGCCUUCGAAGUGCAGGCACUUCCUGAUGUCUCUCCCAGUAAAAUUGGUUCCUGGGAGAUUAGUGGAAGUUGUCUGGCUAUUCGUUUCACCGUGGCAUGGGGACCAGGGCGAACGAGGCUAUCGAAGUCUGAACCCGAAGGACCAGUUAGGUCCGUGGCGAUGCAAAAGUCUCUGGCGGACUCUAUGCAGGACGGCCAAUUUCUUGACACCCGGUUCUUUGCGUACUCCAAAAGACGGCACUUAGGCCGAGUCGAUACGCCGCUCCCUGUCUAUGCUAAUAGUGAGCUUCUGAAGGACAAAUCGCCUUAUUUUACCACUCUCCUGUCAAGCGAAGACUUCUCUGAAUGUUCCCUCAACGUGCUGGAGGGUGGCUUUCCGAAGGAUCAACAGUCAUUUUUCGAUGACUAUGAUUACGGGUCAGACAGUGACCUGGAAGAUGAGACCCUGUUCCAAGAGGAGACUUGUGACAGUGAACCUGCCGCGCUAUUAUCUGCCGAAGCACAGGCGAGAAGUCCGGGAAACGCCAGGGAUAUCGGCCUCGUCCACAGCUCUGAGAAGUAG